AUGGCAAGAAGAUAUCCUUUAAGAAUGGAGACCAGAGUGUUAGGGGGUGUGCAAAUAAUUCUUGCCGUGUUUCACUGUGCACUGGCUCUUCUCUGUGACUGCUUGUUUAACAGAGAGGUGGCGACAAAAAGCACUGGUCAUAUUCCUGUAUUACUUACACUAGGGUACAUAUAUUGGUCAUCGCCAUUUUUUGUCAUCUCAGGAUCCAUGAGUGUCAGCGCACAGAAGAAACCCACACGAUAUAAGCUUACUUCUACCAUUGUUAUGAGCAUCUUUAGUGCCUGCUUUUCUGCAUUUGGUACAAUUAUAUUAUGUAUUGCGUUUUUCUCUUAUACUGCAGAAAUGAAAGAAUAUGUUUGGUCAGAUUUAGCUGGCGCUACGCUUUUGCAAUAUUUACUCUUCAGCACCCUCACAGAACUGAUCAUUGUAAGCCUAAUUCUCUCCUGGAUUGUGAGAGCAUUGCAUCAUCCAGAAGAAACCGAUGAAGAGAUUUGGGAUCUUCAGAGGCCUUCAGAAGGUGAAGAUUUUACAGGAGACUUCAGAGAAUACUUCUGGAUGAAAGAAUAA